AUGAGCUCUCCAACAUUACUAUUCGCAAGUAGACACAUAUCUAAUGUCUGCAAAAGUUUUGAAAAUAUAACCCAAACAUUGGCUGCUUAUAGGAAUCUUUUUGUUUAUGCUAUUGGUCAAUUCCGUAAUUUCUCCAAUCAUUUUCAAUCUGUAGCAACCAACCAAACUCUCUCCAAGCGCCAAUAUAAUGCGUACAAAAAUAUUAUUACAGAUAUUUGCAAGAAGUAUCUUGAAUUAUUGCAAAAUUACCAGCUCCAGAAUUGGUCAAAGAAUACACUUGAAAACAAGAUCUCCACAUUACCAAGCAUCAUGCUCAACUUGACAUCUUCCCUCCAAGAGCAGUCUUCUGAACUUGAUCCCAUCGGUGCAAAAUAUUUUGAUACAGCAUCACCAGAAUGGAGUAGACUCCAUACUCUUGAACUUAAGUCAAUUUAUUCCUCCUUUGAAUCUUUCAUUAAGACUCAAAAUAAUAAUAACAUGAUUGUAAUGAACGCCCUUAGACGUAUGAAGAGCAUCAGCAACUUUUUUGAGUCUUGCAACAAUGCUAAUAACAGUAUAUUGAAUAUGUUCUCACCCAUACCGCAGAACUGUGCUCAAUACCGCAUUGAACAUGACAACUUGAUCGAAAACGAAGAUAUCGGAAGAGGUGCUUCAUCAGUUGUUUAUUCCGGUAUCUACAAACCAACCGGUGAGGAAGUUGCCAUCAAGAAAUUUAAUUGCCAUGAACUCUCCCUCACAGAGCUUCAGCACUUCCAGAAUGAAAUAACCGUUCUUGCCUCCAGUUCCCACCCAACAUUGGUCCAAUUAGUUGGAGCCACAGAUUCAUAUCCUUACUGUAUAGUUACAAAGUACAUUCCAAACGGAAACUUGUUCGAUGCAUUGCACAAGAACAACAUGCUCUCUCAAACAGACCUUACAAUAGCUCUCUACGAUAUCGCUCGUGGCAUGAAGUGUAUUCAUUCCAGCGGUUUCGUCCAUAGAGACUUAAAAUCCCCUAAUGUCCUCAUCGAUCAAAACAAGCGCAUCAAACUUUGCGAUUUCGGCAUCUCCAGCUCUUCUGACAAGAACGACCAAUCCAUCAACCGCGCAGGAACUGCACAAUGGAUGGCCCCAGAGUUCUUCAAUGGAAGAUACGAAAUCACUGAAAAGGUUGAUGUCUAUUCUUUUGCUAUUAUCGCUUAUGAGAUUGCUUCAAAGCAGAUCCCAUUUGAUGGCCUCGAUUCCCAGAAGAUCAUCACUCAUGUUGCAAUCAACAACCUUCGCCCACACUUACCAGCUUCCUGUCGGCGUUGA